GGGGGGAGCAAAUUAAAAGUUGCCAAAUGGAGAUAUUGGGUUUCAAGAGGAGUGAGACAGGAGUAAAGGGUUUGCCUCUUUGAGUCGUCUUUAUGUUUUGCUAAUCGGGAUUAAUAUGUAUGCCGCGACACGGUGUUGUCCUGUAGCUUUUUCGACGGAUUCAAGCCGACGUGUUCAAAAUAGGCGUCGUCUCCACCGCGGCUAGCUAACCAGAACAGGCCGAUGUUUAUCGUUAAAAUGCCGCGGAGCGUCCAGUCCCUGGAUCUUUCCAGAUCAGACCAGAUUGCGGAUAUGGGGACAGAAACCCCGAUUGAAACGCAUCGGUUCGACAUAUCGAGACAAAUGUGACGUUUUUCAUGCUGGCAGAUGAGCCACAUAGAGGACAAAUGAAAGCCUCCCCAACAGAGAAAGAAAGAUCACGUCAGAGACGACCAGCCACAGGCUGGACGACGGGGGUUUUUGUGCUGCUUGAAUGCGAUUAUCAUUCUGUCGAUUCAGUCUAUUUUUGGAAAUAAAACUUGCAAGCUGUACAUUAGCUGACUUACUAGGGCAAUGGCGUUACGUUGCAGAACCAGUAGCAGGAAUGGAGCAGGGGGUAGCUUGGCUGGCUUCGAAGCAUGCAUGCUAGGGCGGAUUUCGAACAAUGAAUUGAGCCUGAAAUUAACCAAAAUGUUCGUUCUUUCCGGAAAUCAACGUGCGAUUAAACACCUCAGAUUGAGAUUAAACAUUUUUUAUCGACAUGUUUUUUUCCCAUUAAACGCGAAAUGCUCGUUUCCAAUGCCUUAUUACACUCUUGCCCUGUGUUACUCAAAUACAACAACCGUUGGAAUUUAAUCCGAAUGUAACAUGUCCAUCUCGUAACGUCUUUACUUUGUAAACCGUUAACGGUUGAUUUUGGGUGGUUAACAUAUUUGAAUUUCGAAAAAGUGAAAUAGACGUCUUUUUAUUAACUUAUUUGACGUGGAAGCCGCGCUCACUUGGAUGUUAAUUCAUCAAAUAAAUUACGAAGACAAUAAUCGUUUGUUUUCCGUUUUUGUAUUGAAUUCUGACAAUUAAUUGUAACAGCUCUUUUGACAUUGGCUACUUUUGAAGGACAGGAGAGCCUCUAUCUGCUUCAUAUUCCUUCUACCGCUAAAAUGUCCUCGAUUCGUAAUACAUAUUUAAGAAAAUAUUCGGUAUACAUUUACUUUUGGCUCAUUUUGAUGAAUAUUCUUGUUGUUGCGGCCAGUUUUCAUGUAACAUUUUGUAUGAAGCCCCGUCGUCCUUUGUUCUGCUCUGACCAAAGAUGGAGGCUAAACGUGGCUCAGUUGAAAAGACAGCCUAUGUCCUGGUAACAGCCAUUUUGUAGCAUUGCAGCUGUAAUGUUUAACACAUCCCCAGGAGCACAGUCUUUAUGUUCAUGACUUUUUAAAACAACACAACAUAUGAUUUAAGAAUCACUGUGUUAUCAUGUCAAUAUUUGAUUUGUGACAUGGAAAUUUGUAUUUUUAUGACUCUUAAAUACAAUAAAUACAUCAUUAAAAACAACAGUGCUUGAAAAAAUACCCCAAAAAAGAGUCAAAUCUCAUUACUCUCCUGUACCAAGUCACGUCUCCUUGGCUAUUUUGCCCCCUUUAGUUGUAGUACACCCAGAUAGAUACAUGCUACAGUAGGCUGACACAACAUAAAGCCAACACCUCACUCAAUGUAGAAACUCAAACAACCAUUCAAGGUAUAAAUGGAGCAGGGUGGAGUUAUUUACACUCAAAUGCCCAUUUUCACUCAGUGCAGACUCUAAAGACAACCAAUGUGGGACAGCCGAGGAGGGUAAUGGGUGGGAGUUAGUCUGUAAGAGACAAACAUCUGUAGGAGGGGAUAAGGGCCAUCCUGCUUUCUACUUGUAUACAGUUCUCCCAUAGUGCUGAAUGACAUAUCUGUCCCCCUCUUCCUCUCAAACCCACAUUUCACACACCCAUCUCUUUGUUUCUAUCUCACCUACUUCAUUCUACAGAACUCCCACACCCUGUAUCUCACAUGUUUAAUUUGUAAUCUUACUAAAAGCAGUAUCUCGCCCUACAGCCCAGAAAACAAAGGUGUUAAAUGACUGAAUCCAUGCUUCCUGCAGGAGAUCUGUGUCAUGGAUGAUGAGGACGAUCGCCGUCUUCUGGAUAUUUUAGGAGAUGUGGAUGCAUUGAAUGACUAUCUCCAUGGCAGCAACAGCAAGUCUAUCGAAGAAGAUGAUGUAACAAAUGCAGCUUAUGGGUCGGAUGGAUCCUUCUUUGCCAGUGACACGGCUGGCUCCAACUCUGGCCUCAAGGAUGGUUCCUCUUCAAUGGCUGAGUUUGGAGAGGAUUCAGCAGGGGCAGGCCUCCAGCUUUCCAGCAGCCUUUCAUUUAUCGAGGAUGAAUUGGGUCCGGAGACGUCUCCUGGAGGGGUGGACCUCGGGGGUGAGGACCAGCCCUUUGACAUCCUGCAGAAGUCUCUCAUGGAGGCCGACAUCACGGAGCAGACUUUGGCCCAGGAGGCCUUACUGGACUCCCAGCCAGCUCCCACUCUGGUGCAGGCCCCCAUUCCCUUCCAGUCCCAGCUGGUUCCUGGGAGUUACGGAGGGGGAGUGGGCGUUGUAACCACCGCGACAGCUGCGUUCCCUGCAGGCCAGUUUCUGCAAGGGGUGUCACAGUUGCCCAAUGGGUCCACCCAGCACAUCCAGGUGUUGGGCUCAUUUGGUACAGGCAGUGGUGUGAUGACUCUGAGUAGCUUGGAGAGGACUCCUCAGAUUGUGUUGAGGCAGGGGACCCCUGUAGCGGCAGCAGGGGCCACACCAGGGGGGCAGGUCUUCACCCAAACACAAGGACAAGUAGGCCAGGUGGGCCUACCUUUCAAAAACAUCCCCCUUCAAAACAUCAUAAUCCAGAGAGGCCCAGGAGGGGCCCAGACUCUUGUCAGGCCCAUCCAGCCCAAACCCCUCCAAGCUGGUUCUCAGACAGUCUACAGCCUUGGUCCCACCACCAUGGCUAACGUAGUUAAUCCUAAUGCCUCUGCACCUGUAGGACAGUUCACAGCUAAUGGCUCCAUAGUGGUGCAGCAGCCGCCCAUGGAGCAGCAACAGACACAGCCCCAGACAAACAUCACACCUGGACAGUUCCUGCUUCCCAACUCUUUAGCGCUUACGCCAGCAAGCACUAUCCACAAUGGCCCUGCUGACCCCAACCCAAAUGCCCUCAUUACCAGCCAGAACACGGUGCAGAUUAUCGCAGGGCAGAACUUCACUGCACAACCCGGAGGCCAGCUCAUUUUGAAUCAGGGCGUAGUCAGUGGGGGUCAGGUUGGAGGGGGAGCAGCCCAAACAUGGACAGGUGUUUCUUGUGCUAGUUCCACUCCUGUGCAGACGUCAUGCGCUCCUGGGCGGCUUACUCUGGUUGGUCCAGCAACGGCGGGGAUUGGUGGUCUAGGACAAGUGACGGCAAGUCCUGUGCAGCGCCUGCUAGUGACUCAGACCCAGAAUUGCACUUCUCUGUCACCCUUACCUGGAUCUACAGAACAGCAGGACUACAGACAGAAUUCUUCAUCACCUGCCCUCAAACAGGCACAGCUCAACAGCAUCCAAGGCAUUGCAACCAUGGCGCAAGAUUCAAAUCUAAACCCUCAGGUCAGUGCUCAGAAGAGACCUGCCCUUCAGCCACUUACAAGAGGAGGAAUGGUUUUACAGCAGCUGAGGAAGGAUCAUGCAGGAGUCCAGACCCCUGAUCUGCGCCGAUUUACGUCAAUUGAAGAUGCCCUGCAAAGACUCCUCCCAUACCAUGUGUUUCAGGGGUCACCACCCAGCCAGGAGGAGUUUUCACAAGUGGAUGAAGAAUUUGAGGUAGUUGCAACUCAGGUGUUGAUGAGGACUCAGUCCAUGGUGAACAAAUACAGACGGCUGCUCAUGGUGGAAGCCGAGCGUUUCAGCCCGUCAUCAGAAAUGGUGAUGAUUGACAGGACGUUCAACCAGGAGGAGCGCGGCAACCUGACGCAAGAUAAGCGCAUGGUACUAGUGGAUACAGAUACUUUCUUUGAGGAUUUCUGCUGUGGCAUGAAAUCGAAACGUUUCCAAGAUCCCCUCCCCUCUCAGUCGUUGAGUUGUGUUAAAAGUCAGUCAGAUAGAGGCUCUACAGAGCCGCCAUACAGGACAGACUCCCAGCCUGCGUAUGGAGACCCAGGAGGGGAAAGAGCUGCAUGUUCAGGUGCAGCAGAUAAACUCCACCCUCCACACUUAGACAACAAAAGAGUCAUAGAACUGAAGAGAUCCCAGCAACACUACGAGCCGAGCGGCAAUGACAACAACAGCCUUCCAGCUAACAGUUAUCAAGGUAACCCGUCACAUUUCACAGCAACAACAGGACAGACGCACUUUCAGGCGUCCCAACACUCGAUUCAGUCGCAGUACCCGUCUCAGCUCGACUCACCCGCUCACCCUGACACGGACUCUGCUUUGGAAGCGGCGGUUAACAGCAUCCUUGAAUGUUAAGACUGAUGCUCCGAUUCAUCCCUGAUGUAUGAUUUCACUUCUUUUAUGUGAGAGUGUGUCUGUUUUUUUUUUUUUUAUUUUGGGUCAACUUUCUUCUUGGUAACCCAGUGUGAAGAGAGGGAUUUUCUUUGUGUUACCAUCUCCGGCCAUGUAGAGUGUAUUUUCUGUAUCAUUUUGGGGGGUUAAGUAAUGAUGUAGGAGUCAAAUGUGCACUUAAAAAGACCUAUAAAGAUCCGGGAAUGUGUGCAAUGCAACACUUAAAAAAGAUGGAAAAUGUUGUUUUAUUUUAGUAUUUUUAAAGGGGUUUCAGUAGCUUGAAUUAUAACCCCUCUCUUCACACAAAAAACACACACCCUUAAUAUUUUGUGCCAGUUGAUUAACCUCACUACCUAUGCUAAAAACAGGGAUGAGGAGGAGGAACAAAAUGACAACUCUGUGCCUAAUAUUAGGUUUUUAUUUUGAAGUGUUUACAUGAAGAAGCUCUUUUCUAAAAAUGCCCUUCCUUUCAGCUCCUUCCUGCUUUACAUACAUGCACAGUGCACACAAACGUGCUUUACAUGUUCGAUAGAUCUGAGGUAAGUUUCUUUAAGAUGGAUAAGUAGAGGCAAAUUGCACUAAUCGUACCGUCACUCAUUUCAGGAACUACACGUCGAUAUAAAGUGUACGCAAGGCUUAACAGAAUGUGAACCAAAAUCUAUUCGCCUGCUUUCAGCUGCCUGCAACGGGAUAACCUCUUACACUAGAAACCAGUCACAUUUAGAGUUUUACUGUAACAUCAGUGUAGUUUACAGGCAGUGGAUUUUUAUUUUGGAAUGAGCAAUCCAAAAUAAAGAAAAAAACAAGCUGGGGAAGCAACUGAAAGCUGUGCCCGUGGCCCUUUCAGGAAGUUCUGAAACUAAAAACAGUUUUUCAUUUUCUGUCUCUGAUUUUUCAUUUUCUAUUUCUCUUAUUUUGUUUCCCAAAAUGUAAUCAGUAAAUGAGAAGCGGUUUUAAAUUCAUCUUAGCAUUUUUAUGUUCGGAUCGGACAAAAAGGAAAAUCAUAAAAUAGGGUUGUAUCAUUGAGCAGAACUUGCAACUCUUGCGGUAAUAAAUACAGACACACAGGCCAGCACCUUUUUACCAUAAAAUCCAAAGUAUAAAUUGUUGUGGUAUGCAAGCUACAGCCUGUUUGACGAUUUCCAGUCAGCAAAGUCCACAAUGUAGUGAGUUUUUGCAGCCAUGUCACUCUUUCAGUACCAUGUGUUUGCCCUGUAUGGAGUUUGCACAACUUCUAGCUACAAUACAGUAAUCAAACUAGUGAUGAAACUGACUCAGCCUCGGAUUUGCUCUGCCCCUCUCUGCCUGCCACUUGUCCUUACUGAGGAUUGUUCCAACCAAACCAGCAUUCAAUGGUAGUGGUAACACUAAUAGUAUACUUCCUGUUUUCUUUAGAUUCAUGAUUAUGACCUAACAAGGAAGGAAAGCAGUGAAAAAGUGGUGACAAACAUGGAUGGCCUGGUCUGUUUGUAGUUCACAUUGAAUGGGAUGAAUUUUCGAUCACAUUUGAUUGUGAGAUGUUGUGACAGCUGCAUGCACUAGCAUGUCUUGGCACUUCUUACUGGCAUAUAAGUCACCCCUGUGUGUGAGCUUUUAGGUGAAAAAUAGUUAUUAAAAGUGAGGCUAAUACACUGGAUUCUAUGGUAUGUGGAAAAACAGUUGGUACGUUUGUUAGCAUGCUUUUCUGAGGGCAACACCUCCACGUCACAAAAACAGGACAUAAAACAAGUAUGGUCUGUGUGUUUAACAACGCACAGAUUUUUAAUAUUAAAAAAGAAAUCCAAAAUCAAGAAACAAGCUGUUGACCAAUUACUAUGAAAAAAUAGAAAAACAACUGCUUUUUCAGGCAGUUCAUCAUAAAUUUGGAAUCAAAAACAGAAAAAAAACUUUUUUAUUUUCUAAAAAGAAAAGAAUAAAUUAAAAACUGUUUUUAAUUUUAUUGCAUUUGUGUUCAGAUAAAAAAAGAAAGAUCAAAGAACAGA